AUGGCCAACUUUGAACUUGACAACAUCUCCGCCGACGAUAUCGUGAUCGCCUUAAUGGGGGCAACCGGGUCUGGCAAAAGCCAGUUCAUCAACACUGCCACGAAAACGAAUUGCAUGGGCGUCGGACACACGCUCAGAUCUCAUACCUCAUCCAUCCAAACCAUCCGCGUCCCCCUUCCGAACGACAGCCGAAACCGAUCGGUGGUAUUCGUGGACACACCGAGCUUCAACAACACCGCAGCCAGAGAUUCCGACGGGGACGCAGACGGUGAACUGUCGGAUGAGAGGGUGCUGGAGAUGUUGGCGGAGUGGUUGGGUAGAAGUUAUCAAAACAGUAUCAAGCUGUCGGGGAUAAUAUACACGCAUAGGAUCACGGACAACCGGAUGGCAGGCUCGCCGCUGCGUAACCUGCACCUCUUCGAGCAGCUCGUCGGCGUCGACGCCAUCCCCAACGUCGUCCUCGCCACCACGAUGUGGGCUCCGAACCCGUCGGCGGCGCAGCAGUCCCUGUCUGAGAACAGGGAAGCGCAGCUCGUGCAGCGGUACUGGAAGGCCAUGCUUGAUCAGGGAUCGCGCACGAUGCGGUACCGCGGGACGUACGAGUCGGCGUGGAGCAUCGUCGAUGAGUUUCUGGCGCAUUCGACGCCGAGGAAGCUGCUGCUCCAGAGGGAGCUGAUCGACGAGAAGAAGCCGCUGCACCAGACUAGAGCAGGCAUGGCGCUGCAAGAUGUGCGGUGGAUCGUGUCGGAUUACCGCGCAACGGACAAGCAUCACAGACGGCUACGAGUCUUUGAGAGGAUGCUUGCGGUUUCUGUUUGA